AUGAAAUGGCCGGAUUGGUUUUGGCGGCAGAUGAUUUCGGAUAACGAAAUAUUUUCAUUUCCAAUUUCUAUACUCACUGGUCCAGAUGGUGAACAAAACUUCGAAAUGGUACGAGCUGCUGCAUGGCAGUCUCGUCACAAGUCGGAUUACAAUUUCGAUCGACUCCUCGCGGAUCUGUAUCCAGAUGGUCAGCCGGAGUUAACAUUGGAGAUGAUCCAUAUGGUUUCUUAUGUUAAGAAAGUCGCUCCACCUGGAACACUGGAUGCAUUUCCAUCUGCACUUCAAAGCGCCGAAUCAUGGAUCAGAGAUAAAUGGCGCUUUCAAGAGAGGGAUUUCGUUAAUAUGGCGCAUGGUUCACAAUCUCCGGAACCUGCUACAUCACUAAAAAAGGGUUUAAAAAUUAUUGAAACAGUUGAGCCUUGUUCAAACCCUGUUGUCGAAGUUAAGAAACCGAAUGAUGCGGAAAUCAUGGAAGUUGGUCAGCAUACUCCGAACAAUGAUGAUUUAGAACCGAUAAAAAUUAAAGCUAAUCGUACACUUCCUGGAUUUGAAACUAUUCUGAAAUGUGGGAGGACCCCUGAAGCGGGCGAUACUAUGUUGAAUAAAGUUGAUUCUAUGGCUUUCAACACUCCACUUGAUAUAGACGGACGGAUUAAUCGUAUGUUUGAUAAGACGCAGUUAAGUUUCGCGAAUACAAAACUUGUGAAUGAUUCCCAGUGGAAUGAAGCUACUCAAGCAUCGUUUCUGUGCACAAAUUUGUCGCCUACUAAUAGUCUAAAUACAAGAAGAAAGACUGUUUUUUGUUCUCCUGACUCACCACCCUGUAUGUUUGUACAGCGAUCAAAGGGGUCCUCCAACGGAAAACAGCCUAGAUUGUCUUCAGAAAAACGUUCUGCGGAUACAUCUGAAAAUGAAAAUAAGGCAGCACAAAGUAACGAUGCAUCUUCCUCUUCCCUAGAUGGUGUAAACGGUCUAAAGAAAAUAAAUACGGGAGAUGCUAAUACUGAUCAGUUGAAAUCAAAUGUAUUGAAUAUAUUUUACGAUCCUUUAGGCCUAGAAACAACCAAUUGGUAUGAUGAUGGUCAAGUAGUGAAGAUUAAUAAUGGGGAGAAAUCAACGGUUACUUCGAAACCAACUAAUUCUCCGUCUGAAGAUAAACAAACUGCUCUCAGAUCUGCUGAUAUUCCUCUUGAUGAUAUUAGUACAAAAAUGAAUGUUCACAUGGAUGAUACUUAUCUGUUAGAAUUUUUGGAUCGUAAUCUGGCUAACAUUGAUUCUAGAAAUACCAAUAUUGUUAGUCAACCAAAUAUUCUGCAAUCUUCUCCAAUAGCUUUUAUGCAAGAUAUGCUUGAACAAGCCAUGAAAACUGUGAAACAUAAGCGUCAACAGUGA